ACCAAGGAUAUCAAGACGGAAAAUCGGACUGGGUGCAAGAAUAUCGAGCCGAAAACGGAAAAUCCGAACGGUCAAACCCAGAUCAAACCCGAUCCCGGUGAGGGAUUCGACGUAAAAUCCCCGAUCCUCCCGACCGAGGGCGUCGAACCACGAGAUCCGCUGGCGGAUGGAGCAGCAGCGACCACCCCACAGGAUGCCGAGGACGACGAUGAGAUAUAUUGCCAUGAGAGUGGUGAUCUCUCAGCUGAGGAUCUCGAAGAAAACCUCGUUGUCCUCCCCCAAAUCCCGAUCUCGACGACCGUGAAGGUCAGCAUUGAGGAUCUGCAGGAGGGAGACUCCGGAUCGGCCACACCCAAGGAAAUCGAGAGGCUCCGGCAGAUCAUCUGGAAAAAGCGGCAUCUCCUGAUUUGCAAAGGGAACCCCUUACCCCCGGCGGCCAAAGACGUCGUGUAG